GUCAAGCCGAAUUUUUUCGCUGGCAAGUUGCAUGCAGCCCCGCUAGGUGGUGCCACUGGGCUGUUUCGUGUGAGUCUCUCCCCUCAUUCUUGCGACAGGGACAAUUUUGUCUACGAGGAACGACAGGUUUUGCGGCAGAGGUUGUCAACGCAGAGAUUUUUCAGGCAAAAUGGCGAAUGCUGCGGGAGUCGGUUGCGACGGCAGCAGCGCAGCUGCUGAGUUCGAUGGCGGCCGCGUCCUCGUCCUCGACUUUGGAAGUCAAUACAGUCACCUCAUUGUCAGGAGACUGAGGGAAAUUGGAGUGUACAGUGAACUCAGACGAUGUGAUAUUGGUCUCCAAGAAAUCAAAGGUUUCUCACCUUCGGCAGUGAUUCUCUCCGGAGGCCCUGCGUCGGUGUAUGAGGCAGGCAGUCCGCAUCUGUGUCCUUCUUUUUUCGCCUGGGCGCAAGAGGCGAAAGUCGCUGUUCUCGGCAUUUGCUACGGCAUGCAAGAAAUAUGUCAUGCGCUGGGAGGGAAGGUGGAGGGCGGCGAGAAGCGCGAAUUCGGAAGUACUUGGGUCGAGCUUCACCUGGAAGAAGCUGCUGCGAACGGCGGCGCCGUCGCGCUUUUCGCAGGCAUCGAGGAAGCUCGAUGUGUGGACGGAGAAGAGGCAGAGGGCGAGAAGGCGAGGAAACGACACAAGAGCGGCCGCAAGGAAAUGCUCGUCUGGAUGAGUCACGGAGACAAAGUCACAGCAAUCCCUGAAGGCUUCACGACGUUCGCUUCGACCGCCGCAUGCCCGUACGCGGCCAUCGGAGACCCUGAGAGACAUUUUUACGGCUUGCAGUUCCAUCCUGAAGUGACGCACACUCCGCAAGGCACUCAGCUGUUGAAGAGCUUUGUGUUGGACAUCGCAAAGUUGAAGCCUUCCUGGACAAUGAAGAACUUCUUGCAGGCAGAAAUUCGAAAGAUUCAAACGCUUGUCGGAGACGCCCAUGUAUUGGGAGCUCUCAGUGGAGGCGUGGACUCGACCGUCGCUGCCGCUCUUGUCCAUAAAGCGAUCGGAGACCGUUUCCACGGAGUCCUCAUUGACACGGGACUGCUCAGGAAAGAUGAGGCCCAGAACACUCUGGCGAAACUGAAGGCAUGUUUCCCCUCUCUUUCUAUCGAGUGCGUCGACGCCUCGGAAGCCUUCUUCUCCAAAUUGGCUGGCGUUCGCGAUCCUGAGAAGAAGCGGAAAAUCAUCGGCAACCUCUUCGUCGACGAGUUCGUCCGCGUCGUGAACGAGAAGAAAAUCCACACGCACAACACAUUCUUGCUUCAAGGAACUCUGUACCCCGACGUCAUUGAAAGCUGCUCUUUCAAAGGACCUUCUCACACCAUCAAAACUCACCACAACGUCGGCGGCCUUCCAGAGAAAAUGCACUUGAAAGUACUGGAACCUCUCCGCGAACUCUUCAAAGAUGAGGUCCGAGCUCUGGGACUCGAACUCGGCCUGCCGCAUGAGCGCGUCUUCCGUCACCCGUUCCCCGGACCUGGCCUCGCUGUGCGCAUCGUGGGUGAAGUGACACCUGAACGCGCGAGAGUUCUGCAAGAAGCGGAUGCCAUCUUCAUCGAAGAAAUCCGGAAAGCGAAUCUCUACGACAAGAUCGCCCAGGCGUUUGUGGUUUUGUUGCCAGACGCGCCGUCGGUAGGUGUGAUGGGAGACUGCCGAACGUACGAGUGGACUUGUGUGUUGCGCGCUGUGGAGACGACGGACUUUAUGACGGCUGACUGGGUCAGACUUCCCUACGACCUGGUCGCAAGAUGUUCGACCAGAAUCAUCAACGAAGUCAAGGGCAUCAACCGCGUCACCAUGGACGUUUCUAGCAAGCCGCCAGCCACCAUCGAAUGGGAAUGAACGUUCGCUUUCAAACGCCUCCGGCCCCAGCACUGGCACAGAAACUGCGAGCGGCACACGAGAACAGAAAUGGGGAGGCAGACGAGAAACGCAAGAAGAAACGAGGAGCGAGGAAAGAAGAGAGAGGGUCUUUGGGUCGAGCGGGAAGAAGAGUUUCUUUGAAAACGGGGACAAGAGAGCGACGGUGCGCGAGUUCCGGUUUUCAGGGCGCGUCACAGUUCGGUGGGCAGGCAGUUGGCAGUCUUUUGGGCCUCCGCGAGGAGGAACUCUGCGAGGAAGUCGACAGGAUCUUCAGGCAUCACCCUGCAGACCUGAAGAAGACCCUCGGAGAGAGCUGGAACUACGGCUUGCAUCAAGUAUCGCCUCAGGGGAAUGCUGCGCGCCAUGAUCACCUCGCGCUCAUGUUGAGCUAUUUUUUCGAGUCUGUGUAAGUCCCGCCGGCGUCUCUCGGCCAGGACGAGUCUCUCUUCUUCACGAGCGAGUUGUUCUUCUUCCGCCUCCUUCCUCUGGGCUUCCUGCAGCUCUCGCUGCAGCUCCGCUUCCCUCUCCAACAGCGACUGUCGCUCAGACUUUAGAAAAUUGAAAAACCUGCCGUCCUUCUCAAUGUACACUCGAGCGCACUCAA